AUGUCUAGACAAGCUCAAGCAUUACUUUCACUUCUCCUAUUGGCAACAUGUGCAGCAACCGGGCUGGCAGAUGCGCCACCACCGCCCUUCUCGACCAUCCCAGGCCUAUUCCCUCCUGGGAUUCCAGGGCUAUCUUCGCCUAGAACCCCAGGUGAGAUAGCCAAGUGCUGGUCUUCACUUCAGAACGUUCCAGGGUGUGCAUCGGAAAUUUAUCCCACAAUCUUGACUGGUAAAUUUGCUCUAGGCCCUGCUUGUUGCAAGGCCUUGGUCGAAGUUGAUGAGAAUUGCUUGCGGAAGUUGUUCCCGUUGUUUCCAUCCAUUCCUGCAGUGCUCAAGAGCAGCUGUACUACUGCUGCUGCUCCUAAAGCAGCUAGAUCAAAGCAGUAG